UCAACGUCGUUCCUCUUUCUGUACUAGUGGAUUCGGUGAAUUUUAGCUAGUAUCACCGCGCGGAGAUUGUCGUAUUUAUGUACAUACAUUUCUUGAUGUUAAAUCACUUAAACAUUUAUGCAAAUGGGUGAUAAUCCUUUUCUGUUUAACGAAAUCUGUACUUUUAACGUUAAAACGACUGAGUAUUGAGAUACAAAUGCUUGUAACCUCAAUACCGGUAUAAAAAUCUAUCAGUCGCUAUGACAUCAAUUAUAAAAACGUUGUUACUUUGUAUUCUCAUCGAUAUCAAAUUCGUUCUCUCGCAAAAUGACUUUUUCGACGAGGAAUUAAUGUUAAAACCAUUACCAAGCAAUCACGUUUAUGCAUACUUUCAAUUCACUACUGUAUGGGAGGCGACGAAAGAUAAGAAUACUUUCGAACAUUCUCACUUGUUUCCAAGAGGUCUCGGUGAGAUCAUAAGUCGUCAUAAUGUAGAUGAAUUACAUCUUACGUUGACAAAAGGAUUGUGGAAUUACCAAAAUUGGGGAUACCCUUAUCACGAUGCUGGUCCUGGUGCUGAGAUAUCAGCUUGGUUUCAUAGAGACGUCGUUAACGUCGACGACGAAUGGAAAGGAUUGACAAAUGCGUUAGCAGGUUUAUUCUGUGCAUCGCUGAAUUUUGUUAAUCCGUCGAAUAGUUUAUCUCCAGAAUUCACAUUCCGUCCUACUGGUGUAGUAGAGCACAAUGUCAAUUCUAGUCAUUUGCGGUAUUCAUCGUUACCAAGAGAAAUAGUCUGUACUGAGAAUUUAACUCCGUUUAAAAAACUGUUGCCAUGUAACUCCAAGAAAGGCUUGGCAACUUUGUUAAAUUCUGCUUAUAUUCAUGAUACGAAUUAUCACUCGAUUGGAGUGCAUUUUCGAGUUAUAUGCUCGAACGCGUUGUGUACUAAAACAUCGAUGGAAUUGCGACAGUCCGUUUCGCUGAUAUACGACACCGUAACAGAUACAUCGCAGGAUUGGUCGAUUCGCAAGUUUUUCGGAUUGGGUAUCAAAGCAGCGUGUCCUCUAGCUACACUAAGCAACGUGUACAUCGAUAUAUCUAAUAACAAUACCAAUCGGAUCUACGAAUUGGUACCUCCGCCUAGUGCUAAGAUCGUUAGUCUUCGAGGUGGACAAUUGAACGAGCUAGCAAUUUACGAUAUCAGAUCUCAUUCCGCCAAGGGAAUAUUCAAUAUCGGUGUCGUGCACCGGGGUGCUCAGAAAGCUAGCUUGAAUUAUCCUUCCAUUUUAUUUGCAAAUAGAUAUGUGAUCGGGUAUGGACAAGAGAGAGGGAGUUUAGUUACAAAAAUUUACAAUAACUACUGGCAAACUCUCGAUAUCGUUCUGUUAGAAAAUAUUCCGUGGUAUUUGCCAGUGUACUUACAUACUGUUAGAAUAACUUGCGGAACGAAGACCAUAGUGCCGUUGGCGCAACGUUAUCUGCCAGGCAGAGAGAGGAAAAGUCCUUAUUAUCUAGAAUUCAUUUUGCGUUUACCGCCGCAAUCGGUAGUUAAAUUUUCAAUAGAUAUGGACUAUUCGUUUCUCAAGUGGCAGGAAUAUCCGCCUGAUGCUAAUCAUGGAUUUUAUAUGGGUCCUGCUGUGAUCACUGCGUUACUUCCGACUGCAAGGAAUUAUACCGCGUUACCACUCGAUGGGAGUACCAUAACGUCAAGCUUCAACGCUUCGAGAGAGGGAUACCUGGCGCAACUGAGAACUGAAUCUUUGCUAAUCGUUUUACCUACGCCAGAUUUCAGUAUGCCGUUUAACGUGAUCUGUUUAGCUUGUACAGCCGUCGCUUUAGCAUUUGGUCCUCUACAUAAUAUCACGACCAAGAGAUUAGGUUUAAAACGCGUCGAGAUGGAUUGGAAAGAGAAACUAGUUGCAUUCCUACUAAAAAAAGUGUCUAGGUCGAAGGAGAAGAAAGAGUAGAACAAUCUUUCUAUUUGUUUGUAUUUUUUCAUCCGAAUAAAAAUCGUUCUUAGAAUCUUGAAAUGAGAGAAACAAGAUCGAUUACGAAACAUA